AUGUCAAUAUCGCCCAUUCUCACCUUCAAAGCCGGCAGAUGCGACAUCGACACAACCAGCAAGCCCCCCAAGAUAAAAUGCCUGCCCGACCCCGGCUACAUCUACCUCUUUACCGGUGAUGAAGAACUCAUCCACUUCUGCUGGCGGCCACGCUCCGCUCCCGCCUCCUCCCCAACCCUCGACCUCCUCAUGAUCCCGACCGACGGCUCCUUCAUCCCCUACACGGGCGCCGAGCAGCCCUCCUCCUCCGACGAUGUGCGCUCGCCGACCAACGGCCGCAUCUUCGUGCUCAAGUUCAACUCGUCCAGCCAGCGACACCUCUUCUGGCUGCAGAGCAAGAGCCAGCACCCGACCGGCGACGCGAACUGGUUCAGCGCAAGGGAUCUGAAGAUCGGUCAGGUUGUCGAUAUGCUGCUUGCGGGCGAGGAGAUUGAUGUGCAGGAUGAGCUGAGGGACGUGCAGAAUGCGGGUGGUGGGGCGGGAGGAUCGAGGCCGGAUGGCGAUGGUGAUGAGCCGAUGGAGGACGUGGUUCCGGGGGGUGAGGGGAGCGGUGGGGCUGGAGCGGAUGCUACGGGUGGGGAUGUCCGGGAAGAGGGAGAGGAGGCGAGGGAGGGUGGAGCGGAUGGGGGACGAGCUGCAUCCGGCUCGGCACCAACCGACGCAACAACCCUCGUCCAAAACUUCCUCAACUCCCUCCAAUCCGGCAACACAUCCACGCAAUCCCGCGCACAGCAACAACAAGACCCCCCCUUCGCCACCCUCCCCGACCUCCUGCCCCCCAGCACCACAAUCCCGAUAAUCGACUCCGCACCCUCCUCCCUCAUCGAUUCCCUCCUCUCGCACCUUCCGCCGACAAUCCUCCUCCUGGCCCAAGAAGCCGACGACGCCUCGACCGUGGAUCCAAACUCCGAGACCGCUUCAGCAGCCAUCGAAGCCUUGUCGCUUCCGCAGAAACGGGAUAUCUUGAGGAGAGUACUCCGGAGCCCGCAGAUGACGCAGAGUCUGGCUAGCUUGACGAUGGCGCUGAGGGAGGGGGGACUGCCUAGUAUUGGGGAGGCGUUGAGGUUGAGGGUUGAGAACGGGGGCUUGCUCAAAGGGGGGGCGGUGCCGGUGGGUGGGGAUAGGGCUGUUGAGGUUUUCUUGGAGGGGGUGAGGAGGACGGUUGAGGAGGAGGGGAAGGAGGAGGGGGAGGGGAGGAUGGAGACGGAUUAG